GGAUGGUCGCUGUCGAAGGAAAACCCUGCAGGAAAGGACCGAUCCCAAUGCAAAUAACCGGUGACAUCCAUUACGUAAGUGGGUGCCCUGCAUUCGGCCCUUAAUUGUGACGGGUCCCUCCCAAGUUCCCACGUCGUUGCUCGGAUUGCCAGAAGGCUCGUUCUCGUGCGGAAUCCUUCAAGUUACAAUGGCGAACAUCCUACUCGCAGUUGCAUAUGUUCUGGGCUCGACACUUGCCUGUGUUUUGGGAGCGGCAACAAUAUUCAUCAACAGAAUACCUUUCACCCAAACCAAGCUCAUAGAGUCGAGAGCUUUCAUGGCUCUGGCAAUGAGUAUCAGUGCGGGAACACUCUUGUAUACGAGUCUGGUGGAUCUCAUUCCAGAAGCCCAAGAGAACCUCCGAGAGAGCAAAACUUUCAAAAAGAGCGCCGACUUCAUUUUACUUGGGCUAUUUAUCCUCGGUGUUGGAAUGACCAUGGGCUUGAACAAACUGCUUCUCUGGUUUAAUCCUUCUGGCCACGGUUGCGCAUGUCACGUCGACAUAAAACCAACCGCAAUUGACGACACUUCUUCCGCAGAUGACUAUGAUUAUGACAAAUCGGAUGACGCUAUAGGGAACGACAGGCGCUCAAGCACCUAUACUGUAGAUGUACGAUCACUUUCUUCACGACUACCCGAAUUUGCCGAUAGCUGGGAAGAGGAUCAAUGGAUACGUGAAAUUGAGGCGCGGAGGAAUUAUGGGGCCAUUCGACCAUUCCCGCCAUCUUCAACAACGAAAGGGAAGCAGUCACAACCUCCUGUAUCAACUCAGGAUGCGGAAUUGGAAUAUGGCAAUGCGCCGCUGAUCGGAGAAGAUGUUGCUCAUUGCAAAUCUAAUGGUGGCUGCGAUAUGGCCGGAAAUUGCGCUCAACCUCCAGUGGGCGAGCUAUCGCGCUCAGUUAACGUCGUCCCGACAAAACCGAACGGAGGGCACUGCCAUCAUCCCAAUUCACAUCACCAGCACCAUCAUCACCAUCAUCAUCAUGAUCAAAACAAUCACCACCACCACCACCACGCCCAUCACCAUCACCACCAUUCGGAUGACUAUGAGGAAGAAUCGUCCUCUACGCAAUAUGCGGCCCUGCUUGCCCCUCGUCCCAGCGCACCCACCCGAAACCCGUCCUCCAGAAUGUACAGUGUCGGCCUUGCAACAGCUGUAACAAUUUCCCUCCACAAACUUCCAGAGGGCUUUGUUAUUUUCACAACGACAGCAUUUUACUCUAAUAAAACGACUGGGGCUCUCAUAUUCCUAGCGUUAUCCUUGCACAACCUAACAGAAGGACUUGCGAUUGCGCUGCCCAUAUUUCUUGGGACAUCGAAUCGGAAACGGGCAUUUGGGUAUGCGGCAGCAUUGGGCGGUUUGACACAGCCUCUGGGAGCUAUUUUGGGAUGGUUUCUGGUGUGCGUAGGGAAUCCGGCGAGAACCGCCCAUUGCGCCGCGGCUCAUCAUGAUUUGCAUGGAGGAAAGGCAUUACCAGGAUGGGAAGCAGCCUUUGGGUGCCUAUUUUCCUUUGUCUCGGGAAUGAUGUUUUGGGUUGCGGCCGAUGGGUUAUUGCCCGCUGCAUGGAGUGUGGCGGGCCGUCAUGAAGAAGGCGAUCGGCAUGCUGGCAAAAAGUAUGUGAGCAUUGGGUUGGUGGUGGGUGUCGUUUUGAUGAUAUUCUGCGAGGCGCUUAUGGCGUAGCAGCUUUGUAUGCGUUUCAGUUUGUAAAAUAUUGGAUCACAACUUUGGGCCUCUGGAA